AGAAAGGAAGAUUACAGAAAAGAAAAGAUACUUCUCUUCCGGCCAAGAUGAAAGACACACAAGCCAUUCAGGAAAUCUCGGCGGUCCUGCAGAGUGAAGGCCAUGAGCAGGAAGAUAAAAUGGAGAGUCAAGCGCAAAUAGAAGACGCACAUGACGAUCUUCCAAAGAUACAGCGAUCUUUAGUACAUUUUUUUCCAACGUCGACAGAUUCAGAUACCACAACGCUGCCAUGUUCACGGUCACUAUCCAAUGAAAUACCUCUCAGUUACUAUCUGUCUAGCCCUCACGUUAGUGGAGUAACUAUAUCUACAAUUGGACCAAAGCCUGCUCUAGUGAGCCAUUCCCAAUCAGAAAACAACUUGGGAGUCAACAACUUCAAAACUCCAAGGAGGCACCCUCCGCCAGUCCUUGCUUCUGAGCCAGCUAUGAUGGGGGAAGGGGAGGAUUACUUCCUGUCUUUGUUUGGUGAUUCGAAGAAACUUGUCAUGCAUUCAUUCCACACAGAGAAAACUUGGAAGCACUUUUCUGUGAUCCUUGAAGAAGUGGGCCAAUCUAGAUCCAGUGCUCUUGGAGACAUUAAAAUAGCUGAAGUGAAUGUCAAGGGUUUAUUCGUGAAGCUCAUUAACUCUUCUCCUGACAAAGAACUGGAAAUUGGAAAUCACAUUCUCCAACAAAAUGUGGAUGGAAAAACAGUCUCUCUAUACCGAUUCCUUCCCAACACCAUAAUGCAGGCCAAUUCCGCAGUAACAGUCUGGGCAGCAGCAUCUGAAGCAAAGCAUCUGCUGCCAUCAGAUUUUCUUUGGAAGGAACAAAACAGGUUUAGGACAAGCCCAAAUUGCACAACAAUCCUGUGCAAACCUAAUGGUGAAGCUGUUGCUUGGUACACUCCUGUUCACUGGAAGCAAGCUUGGGAGAAAUUAGAGACUGACAUUGAAUUUGACAGAUGCUCAGUAAUAAGUCCAACAUCUCGAAGGCACAUGUUUCAUUGGCCAGCAGCUACAACUACAACUAAAGAAGAACAUGAUCAAUCCAAGAAAGAUACCUCAAAAUAUCAGGUGGAACAAAUUCAAGCUUCUCUUACCAGAGAAAAAGAAAUCCCACCAACCCUUUUCCCCAAUCGCAGCCCUUGGUGCCACAGUCCUAAUGUCCCUGCACAUCCCUACUGUCCGCUGACUGAUGCUCACAACACCUACAUGGCUGAACGCAGCUUAGACAGACAGCCCAGGUCUCAGUCAGCCAGGCCUGAUCCAGCCAGAGAUCAAGAAAACACAGGAUGUGUGAGUUACGAAAGCAAUAGGCAGUCAGUGCAACUUCUUAAAGGACAAUAAUAUCCACAUCUAGAGAACACAGGAUGCCUGACGUGACGCAGCCUGCCUUCCACCCAGGAGAAGACGCCAGUAGCAAGCGAGAACAUGGUUUCCCUUACAAAAGAUAAUUCCUCAGGACUUUCCUGUAACCAUUUCCUAAAGAAGGAGAUAGAGUUUGUGGACAAGUUAAAACAUUUGCCUUCUAGGCUGUUAUGAAGAAAAACAUUGGUCAAAAGUAAAACCAUCACAGUUUUCAUUUUAUGCACAUGAAGUUUCCCAAUCACUCAUUUCAGUCUUUUAUAGCCUGCCCAGCUGUUAGGUCUACAAUUUCUGCCAUUUCUGCAGAUGCAUUUUCCAAAAGCACAUAUUUCAGGAAUUUUGAAUCUUGUGGUCUGUCUGAUUCUCUACACUUGGAAUCUGUCUCCUGAAAUCAUGUGUUAAUCUGGAAUGACUGGAAGUAAGAGAUGAAGUUUCUAUGGAGUAACUAGUUGGGAGUUUUUAAACUUGCCUACACGUAACUCAAAUUCAGCCAAAAUAAUCUCUUCCACCUUGUGAUACUAGGUACAAAAUCCCAUGGAUAGGAAAUGCCAAGACUGUUUUAAUUAAAUAAUCUGA